CGGACGGGUCGCACACACCGUGGGCGUUGUGAAGAUCUGAUCUUGUAUAUCAGCGUGAUUUUGUCCCUUGCUCGAAUCACAUUCGCUGCUUGAUUCGUGUAGGUGCAUGAGGAUCGAGAUGCGGUGCAUUAGUUGGCUGUUACGAUAUGCAACAUCAGGCGAUUACCAUGUGCGUGUUGCCCCGCUUAGAUGGACUUUUGACUUCGUCCACGGGAAUGUUGUCGCCUACGGCUGUUGCUUAUGCACAUCUGGAGCGUGGUCAAUGCGGACGACCUUGUAGGUGCGUUGUGUGAAACUACCAAACGAUGAGGAUGUUGGCAGGGUAAGAUUACCUAGUAAGCUCUGAUAUUGAAGGUAAAAAAUGCUGGUCGAAAUGCGAGAUGUAAA